AUGGGUAGCAAAUGUAGAAAUAAGCAGUUUGAGUUGACCCAAAAAUAUGUCGAUUUACUUUGCAAGUAUGAAAAUGCUGAAUUUGAGGAAUGUCCUGAUUGUAAAAUACAAGAAGUAAAGAAAGAUGUAAAAAACCAUGACCUUUAUAAUCAAGAAAAACAAAAGAAAGAUAAAGAAUUCUUAAAAGAAUUAGAAAAAUUAACUGAGGCAAUUACUAAUAGAACUCCCCAGCAAGAACAAGAAUUACAAGAUAAAAAAGCAGAAUUAGCCAAAUUAGAAGCACAAAAUACUAACGAAAAUAAACCAACUAACUGA